UUACUGUGAACAUUUAAUGUUGGGUGCUUGAAACGUCUCUCCACUUUGACACUGCAACCCUUUGCGUCAUGGGCGGCGGUGCACAUUUGCCCUUCGAGCUCUUUGUGAGAACCCCAUCCGAGAUUGUUCUACAGCUCGAGGUGAAACCGAGUGACACCAUCGAGGAGGUCAAGGCACGUCUGGCAACCUUGGAAGGCACUCCAGUGGAACGUCAGCGUUUAUUGCGUCAAGGUGCUCCACUCCCAGACAAACGAAGCCUCGAGGCUUGUGGUGUUGCAGCAGGGACAGUUCUACUUCUGGUGCCCAGGAUGCAAGAGCUCGGACAGCGAAAUGUGCCUUUGCUCCCAGAGAAGCCUUUGGCUUCGGGCAUUCCGAGACCUCGAAUUCCUUUGGUUUGCACAGACAUUGCUCGCCCAUUUCCGAUGAGCCUGGAGUUUGUCAGCAUUUCCGAGUACCAAUCCUUCAUGCUCUCAUUGCAGCGCCAGGUCGGAAAGAAAUCUCUCACUUCCACAAUAGCACAUGUGGCCGAGGUGGAUGAGAGGGCGCCCUAUUUGGAAAUUUUAUCGCUGGACAACAUGCGGCCUCCAGUCCAGACACGGGUAACAUUUGAUGAGGAGAGUGAGGUACUCCUUAUCGACACUGUGGGUGACAUUUUAGUCGACAAUGUGCAUCUGCCAAGGAGCUCCAAUGCAGUAGCACUACGGGGUAACAUCGUUUCCUCUCUCGGACAACGGGUGCCUUUAUCGCAGCAAGGCCAUCGCUAUUAGGUUGGAGGCCAUCGCUACCAGGGUGGAGGUCAUCCCUCCCUUGCAUUUGGGUCUUGGUGGCAAAUCUUUUGCCUCUAGAGGUUUCCUGACAUGUUACACAUGUUGACGAAGCGGCAAGAAAGAGUUCAGUUGCAUGAUCCUUGUCACCUUUCCCGAUUUCAAUCCUUGGGAGCAACUUGGAAACAAGAUUACUCAUGGACUCAUGGACCCGCUCUUUAAUCGUGAAGCCAAACUUGGGAACCAGAUUACCAAGACGGCGUGCCUUGAGCAAAGUCAUCCAGCAGCAUUGCUGGGAACGAGGUGUGUCAACAAAUGCGAAGCCCAAUAUAGACAUGUUUCUUGAAGUGCGAUAUGAACAACAUUUGUUAACAAAGCUACCAACACUAUGAAUACCAGGGGCUCCAGGAGAGGUCGAAUAGUGUCGAGGAGUUCGAGGGAGUCGAACACCUACUCUUCAUUCACGGUUAUCACAGGUUCACGCUUCAUUGUUUGUUUCUCAAAGUACGGUUAUGCCGUGGUUCAACAAUCAAGAAGACUAUGUACUUUCUUGUUGUUACUAGUAGUAAGGCCCUUGCUCCUAGUAGCGAUGCCAGGAGCCCCUAGUAGCUUCUUGUUCCUAGUAGCGAUGCCCUUUGCUCCUAGUAGCGCUUCGUGUGUUUCUCAAAGUACGGUUAUGCCGUGGUUCAACUUAAAGAUUGUGUUUUUAUGAUGCUUUAGCUGCUUCAGGCAAACACACGCAAACACCAAGGGCCCGCGCUGUCAUAUUUGCCGCGCAGUGUUCAAGUGCAAGAUCCCCAUCGCUCCGCCAUCAAUUUCAAGGCAAAGGCGGCCAUUAUGGCACAACACCCGCAAUUCUCCAUGCAGAUCCAACCCCCUCAUACGAACUCGGACACGCCUGCAAAGCAACAACAAGUUGGAAUUUGGAUAGAUUUGAGGCUUUCUUGGAUUCUGACAGUUACGGUCAUUGCUAAAUGGUCACUUCUUCUUGAACUCUUUCUCAAGAAUCUCAUUGUGCUAACUAGAUCUGGUUGCACUAGCCACUUACUUUGCUUGCUACUUUGCUGCCUAACUUCUUGCAUGGCCUACCCCCCGCAAAAAUGAUAUACAUACUGACUAAGUACUAAGUUACUACGAAGAACCUACUUUGUGUAUUUUCUUUACACAUUCCGUUUUAUGCAUGCUAUUCUAUGAUAUUCGAGGCAUUCUUUCAGCGCACAAAUAGUAUGGUUUGCUUCAAACGUGCGAUGGCCUCCAACCGACUAGCGAUGGCCUCCAUUGGACUCGGAACCCCAGGAGCAGAAAUUCGCAGAGCUCGUCACCGGCCUCCGGCCUCAUCAGUGAAACCGCUGAUGAACGAGCUGAGGCCGUAACAUUCUUGUAGAUAAGAGAGAUCACACUUUUGUGAUCGGGUCAGACAUUUCGCCUUUGAAGCAAGUAGCAGCAAGAGGUAGCAAGGGAUGAGCAAGCAGAGGUCGUCGUCCU